AUGUUAUCUUGGUCUGUAAAUUAUGUGAUUUCUUAUCCUUCAGAAUCCUACACUCAAUUGCUAAGAAGAUUGGUUGAAAGAGGAAAGAAGAAACCAAAAGCUGAUCAAAAUAGUUUUAAACCUGCUGGAAGACCAAUAAGAUUCAAUGAUAGCAAUGAGGUUGAAGCAUUCGAGAUUUGUACGAGUCUGAUAUCUGGUUUGUUUAAGCACAAGUACAGUAAGGAGUUUGCGGAACCAAUUGAUAUCGCGGAACAUGGGAUCCAUGACUAUCAUAGUAUUAUUAAGAAUCCUAUGGAUUUGGGAACUGUUAAAGAAAACCUGAAAACGAGAUUAUACAAAUCCCCAAAAGAAUUUGCAGCAGACACCAGACUUGUAUUUGAGAAUGCAAUGACUUAUAAUCCUGAGAGUCACAUAGUUCACUUAAUGGCAGCUGAGCUAUUGGAAUUUUUCAAUAAGAAUUAUGCGCGCGAAGAGGAGAAUUAUAAUUUGGAGUUGGACAGAUCGGGUGAAGCAAAUGAGGUUAAUAAGAGAGACAUGACUUAUGAAGAAAAACUGGAGUUAAAUGAAAACUUGGGCAGUUUAUCAGUAGAAGAGUUGGGAAAAGUUGUAGAGAUCUUUAAGAAGAGAAAUAUUGUAUUUUCCAUACAUGAUGAUGUGGUUGGUGUAAAUAUUAAUAAUAUUGAUGUCGAUAUACUCUGGGAACUUGACAGGUUAGUUAUAAAUUACAAAAGUAUAUCGAACAAGAACAUGAGAAAAUCUCUUCUAGAGGAGGCGGAGACAGCUUCUGUUUCAUUAAUGAAUGCAUCUGCUAACCUGGAGAUAGCAGAAGAAACUUAUAAUAUAGGUGACAGGAGUGUUGUUUUAGCUCUCCCUAUACGAAAAACAUGGCAAGAAGACAAUGUCAGCAGCAUUCAGCAGCACUGA